UAUGUAUACAAUUAUACAAACCGCAUUCUUUUUGCACCAGAAAAAAAAAUAGAGAGUAAACCGCACUCUUUCCUCCCCUCAAAUAACAAAAAACCGCACUCUUUCUCUGAUAGACAACCGGCGCAGAUACGGCCACUAGAGUAGUUCUGGUGCUUAGGCAGGAGAGUGGUUGGAAUCAAUUUUCUGAAAAAUUGUCAAUAACUUAAGAAUGUUAUAGAAUUUGAGUAGUAUGGUGAGGACUUGGAUCUGACCCCCGCUAUCUUACGUCGAGGUUGGACCUAAAGCACAAGUUAGUAAAUGUUUUAGAUGAGGUUAAGAGUGAAAUACAAAACGAAAGGACGAGAUGACGGUGUAACAUCUGAUUGUGACUCUGAUAGUGAAACUGACUCUGACCAUGAGAAUGAGAGGGGUCGUACUGUACUUUCAGCGGUUAGGAAGGCGAUUGAGAAUGGGGUGAAAAUUCCGUUGGAAUGGAAUAUGGCAAAAGUUCCAUGUGGGGAACACCGAACCACUUUUGGUACCUAUCUUGGUGUGAUUGCUCGUGAGCAAGUGAACAUCAACUACGAGAAGUGGAAACAUAUUCCAGCUGAACUCAAGAGCGAAGUGUAUAAUGACAUCACAAGAGGUUUUAUCGUUUUGCCUGAUCGGAGAGGCUGGGUUCUAUCACGAGCUUCUGAACGAUGGAGAGCUUUCAAAUCUAGAUUGGAAACAAGUGAGAAGAAUCGAGCAAGGGGGAAGAUGAAUACGUCAAAGUACCGAGGAGGCCGACAAGGCUACCAACAUUUUGAAGAAGAAAUUGCAAAAGAUUUUGAAGCGCAGGGGAUUCACAUUGAAAAGGUGCCUCGCCAUUUAACUUGGCUUAAAGCUCAUGAAAAUAAAGCAGAUGAAAGCUAUGCACCGGCUGAUUUGGAAAUUGCUGAAGCAAUCAAAUCCCUAGAUGCUCAAGCUCGAAAAGGCGGAAUUGCUACUGCUGGUCGAGAUGAUAUCUUAGCAAAAGUAAUGCAGAAGCCUGAGCAUGGUGGUCGUGUCAGAGCCGUUGGAUCAGGCAUCACCAACAAGGAGUAUUUUGGGUCCGCAGAUAGACCAAAAUAUUCCCAAAUGCUGGAAGCGAUUAGGUGUUUGCGAUCUCAAAUGGAUCAAAUGGCAACCAUGCAUAAUUCGAUGAUAACUUAUUUAAUGGCUUGCAGCCAACAACAAGGCAGCCAAUUCACCCAGGAGAAAUUGAGAAAGUUCGUGAUUCAUGGUUCUGGGCUUGGCCAAUCUAGUGACGUGGAUGACCAAUUUGGUGUUUCAGGUGGGCAAUCGGGUGGUUUUGGCCAAUUUAGCCAAUCAGGAGGUGCAAGCCAGUUGGCUAAUACUAGGCAAUGUGGAAUGGGUUCCCAGAUCCGCAAUGUGUCCAAGUCUCGUAGUUCUUCUGAGCCAAGCCACGAUCCCGAGCCAGGGACAAGCUAUGAUUCCGAGCCAGGGACAGGCUGCGAUUCCGAGCCAGGGAUAGGCUACACUUCCGAGCCAGAGAUAGACCAUAUCCCCCAGUCGGAGACCGGCUAUGUUUCUGAGCCACAGACCGACCAUAUUCCUCAGCCAGAAACAAGCCACCUUCUCGAACUAGAGACUGACCGUGUUCCCCAUCUGCAGACAGGCCGCGUUCCCGAGCCAGAGACAAUCGUCAAUAUCGUGUCAGAGGCAGGCCAUGUUCCCGAUUCAGAGAAAAACCGCAGAACCUUGUUAGAGGCAGGUCAUGUUCCCGUGCUAGAGACAGACCACAUUCCCGUGUCAGAGCAUUUUGUUGGAACACCACCUGCCUAUUCGACUACAAAUAUUGAGGAGGUUCGGAGCUCGUGGAUUCAUUAUGUUUUCCAGCAUAAAAAAACAACUUAGGCUCAUUUUGAUUUAGAUGCAUAGAUAUCUAAAAAGGUAUUGAACAAUUUUAGUCCUUUUUUGAUGCUCUAUCUGUAAAUAUUGAAUUUUAUACUAUGUAACUUGAAUAUUUGAGACUUAUGGAACAUUUGAUAUAUUUUGAA